ACCCAUAAAGGCGGGAAACCAAAAAAAUAAAAAAGCAAAGCGGAGAUUAAAACUUGGCAAGAGAGAAUGGAAUCUAAUCUCUCCUCCACUACACUAUACCUCCAGCCAUCACCACUCUCUCUCUCUCCCACAAUUUCAUUCUCUCCCUCUCCACAAAAUAUAUAAAAAUAAAAACUAAAAUUUAAUUACAUUUUAUUCUUCCUAAUUAAAAAAAUGAUUACAUAUUUUUGUUGUUGAAAAACGGCAAAAUUCCAUUCUUUACCACUUUCAAAAAAAAAAAAUCGAUAGUUUUUGUUUUUAUUAAAUCCAUGAAUAAAUGUCAUUAAACAGAUUUAAAAAAAUGAAAACAAUAAGGAAAUUCCAUUUUUCCGUACUGGAGAAAUUCCAGAAACACAGAAAUUAUUCUAUUUUUAUAAAUAUUUAUUAAAAUGAAAUAAAAAUAGAAGCAAAAUCAGCUGAACACAAAAUCUUAUUGUCUCCGUGAUAAACGGGAAGAAAGGUCCAAACAAACCCUAGAGCUGGUUACGUUUUUUCAACGCAAAACUUCACUGUUACUGUUACUGUAAUUGUGAGUGAGUGAGUGAGUAGUAGUACUAUAGUUGAAGAAAAAGAAGCAAGGAAGAGAUGAGAUGAGACCAUGAACAAUACGACGUCGUCUCAGCUUCAGCCUCAAUCUCAGCCACCGCCGUCUCAGUCUCAGCCUCAGCCUCAGCCUCAAACUCAACCGCCGAGAGCUGUCAGAAAGCUUAUCGUCGAAGUAAUUGAGGCUCGAGACCUUCUUCCCAAAGAUGGGCAAGGGUCCGCAAGCGCUUACGUGGUGGCUGACUUCGAUGGCCAGAAGAGGCGGACCUCCACCAAGUUCAGAGACCUCAACCCGGUUUGGAACGAGGCCCUUGAUUUCCUCGUCUCAGACCCACAAAACAUGGAGUAUGAGGAACUGGAGAUCGAGGUCUACAAUGACAAGAAGUACUGCAACGCCACUGGAACAGCUCGGAAGAACCAUUUCUUAGGUCGUAUCAAGCUUUACGGUACCCAGUUCGCGAAGCGUGGGGACGAAGGACUGGUUUACUUUCCUCUGGAGAAGAAGAGUGUGUUUAGUUGGAUUAGGGGAGAGAUUGGGCUAAGGAUUUAUUACUUUGAUGAGAUGGUUGAGGACGCGCCUCCGCCCGAGUCUCAACCUCCACCGGAGGAUAUCCCGCCAGAGAAGCCUAAUGCUCCGACGAUGAUGGUAGUCGAGGAACCACGAAUGUAUGAGGCCCCUGUCCACAUGGAUGGACCACCUCAUCCUUAUCCUCCUCAUUCUUAUCACCACCAUCAUCAUCAUGGAGGGCCCGAAGUUAUGCAUCCGCCGCCAGUUGUGGUGAUUGAGGAAUCAGCGCCACCUGCGGUACAUUUACAAUCAGAGCCAGGACCAGGUGCGGGGGCGGAGAUGGGUGGUCACCCGCCACAGCAUCAGGAGUUGCAUUAUCUGCCGCCGGAAUUAAUGAAGAUGGAAACUCGAAGGCCUGUAGCGGGUGAGAGAGUCAGAAUGAGAAGGCCAAACGGAAACGGAGAGUUUUCUCCGAGAGUAAUCGCCGGGAAAAUGAAAGCGGAAACGACUUCAGAGCGGAUUCACCCUUACGAUCUCGUCGAGCCGAUGCAGUACUUGUUCAUCCGGAUUGUCAAGGCUCGUGGGUUAGCUCCGAGCGAAGCGCCUUACGUGAAGAUCCGCGCGUCGAACCAUUUAAGGCAAUCUAAACCGGCGAUGCAUCGACAAGGAGAACCCAUCGACUCGCCGGAAUGGAAGCAGGUAUUCGCCUUGGGCCAUGGCAGACCUGAAUCAGCAGGCUCAACUUUAGAGAUCUCGGUCUGGGACUUCCCGUCAGAGCACUUUCUCGGAGGCGUAUGCUUUGACCUUUCUGACGUCCCUGUUCGAGACGCGCCGGACAGUCCCUUGGCUCCACAGUGGUACCGACUCGAAGGCGGAGACGGAGAUCAUAAUUCCGGUAGGGUCUCUGGCGAUAUACAGCUCUCUGUGUGGAUUGGGACCCAAGCCGACGAUGCGUUUGCGGAGGCAUGGAGUUCGGAUGCGCCGUUCGUGGCACACACGCGGUCGAAGGUUUACCAAUCGCCGAAGCUCUGGUACUUAAGGGUAACAAUUAUGGAAGCUCAGGACCUUCACAUUGCUCCGAAUCUACCUCCAUUGACGGCACCGGAUAUCCGAGUCAAAGCCCAGUUGGGAUUUCAGUCAGUGAAGACCAGGCGAGGGUCCAUGAACAAUCACAGUGCGUCGUUCCAUUGGAACGAGGACCUCAUGUUCGUUGCCGGCGAGCCAUUAGAGGACUCGCUGAUCUUGAUCGUGGAGGACCGUACAAGCAAAGAAGUCGGUGUUCUUGGCCACAUCCUUGUUCCCGUGAGCUCGAUAGAGCAACGUAUCGAUGAUCGCCACGUGGCAUCAAAAUGGUUCGGAUUGGAGCUAGGAGGAGGAGCCGGAGGCGGUGGGGGUCCAGGUGGGCCCUACUACGGGAGAAUCCACUUGCGUCUUUGCUUGGAGGGUGGGUAUCACGUGCUGGACGAAGCGGCGCACGUGUGCAGUGAUUUCCGACCCACGGCUAAGCAGCUUUGGAAGCCGGCUAUUGGGAUUUUAGAGCUUGGGAUCCUGGGGGCACGAGGGCUUCUUCCGAUGAAGACCAAGAGUGGAGGAAAAGGGUCCACCGAUGCUUACUGUGUUGCCAAAUAUGGAAAAAAGUGGGUCCGGACUAGAACCAUCGCCGACAAUUUUGAUCCACGCUGGAACGAGCAGUACACGUGGCAGGUCUACGAUCCAUGUACGGUGCUAACCAUAGGCGUCUUCGAUAACCGUAGAAUGUUUGCUGACCUGUCUCAUGAGAAACCGGACUACCGCAUAGGGAAGGUACGCAUCCGAGUAUCUACAUUGGAAAGUAACAAAGUCUACACCAAUUCCUACCCGUUACUAGUUUUAAUGAGCACCGGAUUAAAGAAAAUGGGGGAAAUCGAGGUGGCUAUACGAUUCGCCUGCCCGUCUUUGCUGCCCGACACGUGUGCGGCGUACGGGCAGCCAUUGCUCCCAAGAUUACACUAUCUCCGCCCACUUGGGGUGGCUCAACAAGAGGCUUUACGCGGGGCAGCGACGCGAAUGGUUGCCACGUGGCUCGCGCGAUCCGAGCCGCCCUUGGGGUCCGAAGUGGUUGGGUACAUGUUGGAUGCGGAUUCGCACACGUGGAGCAUGAGAAAAAGCAAAGCUAAUUGGUUUCGGAUCGUGGCGGUACUGGCUUGGUUAGUCGGGUUGGCCAAAUGGUUGGACGAUAUUCGUAGAUGGAGGAACCCGGUUACCACGGUAUUGGUUCAUGUAUUGUAUUUGGUUCUUGUUUGGUACCCGGAUUUGAUUGUCCCUACCGGGUUUCUGUACGUGUUCUUGAUUGGUGUAUGGUACUAUCGGUUCAGACCCAAAAUACCAGCUGGAAUGGAUACCCGCCUCUCACAAGCCGAAGGGGUCGAGCCGGAUGAACUCGACGAGGAAUUCGAUACCAUACCGAGUUCAAAACCACCCGAUAUCAUUCGGGUACGGUAUGACCGGUUACGGAUAUUAGCAGCCCGAGUCCAAACAGUUUUGGGUGAUUUUGCAACCCAAGGUGAACGGGUUCAGGCUUUAGUGAGUUGGAGGGACCCAAGGGCCACUAAAUUGUUUAUAGGGGUGUGUCUAGCUGUUACCAUCAUACUCUAUGCGGUGCCACCCAAAAUGGUGGCCGUGGCAUUAGGAUUCUACUACUUACGCCACCCGAUGUUCCGAGAUCCAAUGCCUCCAGCUAGCUUGAACUUCUUUAGGCGCCUUCCCAGUCUUUCAGACCGAUUAAUGUAGACCAAAAAAUAGUAGAUAAUUAGACAAAUAUAUAUAUAUAUAUAUAUAUCUCUAUAUAUAUUAUGCAAAAAAAUUGUUGAGGCAAAAAGAAGUGACAAGAUUAAAAAAAGGUGGCUCCUUAAUAAGGUUUUUUUUUUUAUGGCUGAGGAGUGAAGAAAAAGAAGGUGGGGGAGCGAGAGGGUUAAAGUAUAGAAAAGUGGGAAGUUGUCAUGAUGUUCUUUUUUUUAUUUUUUGAAAAAUUUUGGUGUUUGAAUUGAAUAUUAUUGAUCAUUGACUAACUAUUUGAGAAAUUGAAAUAAGAGAAAGGAGGAGGCAGAAUGCAGUUUAGGUGGGGAGGGGAUUGAAAGGGAGAGGAAAUUAUUGUAUUGAAUGGUCUUGAGAAAAAAAGGAGAUCUGAAAAUUGGCAGUGAGAACUUGUUGUAAUGAUGUUUUGAAAAGUAUGAAUUCUUUUCAUGAUAUACAAAACUCUCCAUAAAAACCAUUUAUUUUUUUUUUUACUUCUUUUUCUUCACUCACUACGUACCUUAUUAUGUUAAUAAAUCUCUCAUUCUUUUUUGGAUU